ACCCCCGCUCCUUCCCCUCUCCUUCUCCCUAUCUCCGCCGGCAUCUUCCGCCGGUGUGCUUCACCGUCAAUGGUUCUUUCUUGGUUCUUGUUUGAGGAACCGUGCAUUUCUCUCAUCAUUUCUUGAUCAAAUCGCGGAUUAAAGAGAAAAGAAAAAAAAAGAAAGAAAGACAGAGAAGGGAGAAAGAGAGAGUCGCAUGGAGACGCAUGUUUUGGAGGUUAACUUGAUCUCUGCUCAAGAAUUGAAGGAGCCUUCAAUCAAAUCGCGUCGAUUGCAGACGUAUGCGGUGGUUUGGGUCGAUCCGUCCAUGAAGCUUCACUCGCGAAUUGACAAAAUUGGGGGCGAGAACCCGUCCUGGAAUGACAAAUUUUUCUUCAAGGUUUCCCCUGAUUUCCUCUGCAGCGAAACCUCCGCCGUAUCUGUUGAGAUCUACGCCGUUGGUAUCCUCCGUGACAAUAUAAUUGGAACCGUGCGUUUCCUGAUUAGCAAUUUCCUUCCCUCGCCCGCCGCUACAUCCGCCGUGAUUCCAUCCAUGAAGGCUCCCGCUUUCACCGCGCUCCAAAUCCGCCGCCCUUCUGGAAGGUUCCACGGAGUCCUCAACAUUUGCGCCAUGGUGAUCAACGGCUCUGAUUUUGCUGCUCUCAGCGGCGUCUCCGCCAUCGGUUAUCGCGAUUUCAUGGAAGAGAGCCUUCGUGGACGGCGGCGCCGCCCCAGCUUCAAGAAGUCCAAGUCUACAGUUGAUGAGUAUCUCAGUCGCGCAUCUUCUGAGAAUUCGUUUGGCGAUUCAGGCGACCAAUCGGACGGCGGUGAGUCGACAACCUCGUCGUCGUCAACCGCAUCCACGGCGUUGAAGGAAUGGAACGGAAGGAUUCGAUAUUUCCCGCCAAAAACAAACCAUCUGAGGUCAUCAUCCGACGGUGCGGGAAUACUGUGUGGUCUACUCCCAAAUAGGAGAGCUUCUCUUUGCCCGUCUGAUCUUGCCAGAGCCCACGAUGGGUCCCAUGGGAAGAGAAACUGGUGAAUCAACGGCCGAGCAACUCCCAAUCAGAGUCUGAAGUCAAAUCUGAUAUUCCCUCUUCAUGGUUUGACCAUCGCGUAGUCAACGCACGUAUCUGAUGAACGGCCAAGAUCAUCUCGAUCAUGGCACAGAUGAUGUAUCCUUGUACACCUGAUUUAGUACCUUAGUGUGUUUUUUUUUUGGCCUUGGAGACAGUGAAUGUAUUUCUGUUGGCAGUAACUAAACAGGGAGAGCGCUAACAAAUUCGAAAAUUACAA